AUGGUCGGGGUUGGCGGUGGUAUGCGGUGGCGGGUGGCGACGAUGGUGGUGGUGACAGGUGGUGGUCGUGGCGACGACGGUGGGUGGCGGUUGUCGACGGUAGCGGGUGGUGGCGGCAGAAGAUGGUGGUGGAGGGUGGCGGUAGUGGUUGGGGUGGUGGUGGUCGGCGAUGGCGGGUGGCGGCGAUGGUGGUCGAUGGUGGUGGCGACGGGCGGUGGUGAUGGCGGCGACGACGACGACGGUGGGUGGUGGUCGACGAUAGCGAGUGGUAGCAGUGGAGGAUGUUGGUGGUGGUCGGCGGAGGGUGGCGGUAGUAGUUGGGGUGUCGGUGGUCUGCAACGGCGGGUGGCAGCGAUGGUAGUUGAUGGCGGUGGUGACGAGCGGGUGUGGCGGCGGAGGACGGUGGUGGUGAUCGGCGGAAGUUGGUGGCGGGUGGUGAAGAUGGCAAGUGCUGAUGGUGGCAGAUGGCGGUGGUGA